AUGCAAUAUAUUAUUACAAGUGGGCAACAAAAUGCUUGUUCUUAUUCUUCAAUACAAAAUAUGGAUGAAUGUUCUUCACAGAAGAACUUUAACAUAUUCAAGCUGGUUGACCAUGGUGAUAUAACACGGAUUGAAAAGUUAAUGGAAGUAGAUAGUGACUGCCUGAGCCGAAUGGAUGAACAUAAAUCAACCCCAUUGCAUCACGCUGCUGGAGCGGGUCACCAUAACAUCUUGACAUUAAUCAUUGAACAUACGGACCCUGAAGUACUAAAUGUCAUUGAUUCCAAUGGAAACACGCCUUUGCACUGGGCUGCAGAAAAAAAUCAAGUGCAUGUUGUACAAACUCUACUCGACAGAGGUGCAAACCCUAACAUUCUGAACAAUAUGUGUCUAUCACCUCUUCACGUGGCUGUGUCUUUAAAUCAUAAUGCGGUGGUGAAGACACUAGCCUCACAAAAAGCUACAGAUCUGGACCUGGAAGGCGAUCUCAAUAAUACACCAGUGAUGUUAGCAUGUUCGAAAGAUAAUUCUGAAGGAUUGUCCAUAUUGCUCAAGCACGGAGCAUUGUUAUGCAAAGAGAACAGACUGGGUCGUUUACCUAUUCAUGAAGCUGCAUUUUCAGGAGCAAACAGGACAUUGGAAAUAAUAAUUCAGAAAGGUGAGGAACAUGGUUACUCUCGUGAAAAGCAUUCUAAUUUUCUUGAUAAAGGACUGCAUACUCCUCUUCAUCUGGCUUUACUUGGUGGAAAAAUUGAGACGAUUAAAACCUGCAUUGAAAAUGGAGCAAAAAUUGAUUUACAAGAGCAGAAGGAUAAAUCAACUCCCCUUCACUUUGCCUGCUUGCAAGGGGCUUUUGAGGCUGUCAAGUUCAUGCUUUCUAAGUACAAAGGAGAGAAAAACAUACUUCAUAUUUUGGAUGGUAUUAAACAAACACCACUACACAAGGCUGCCACAUAUGAUUCUUCAGACCUAGUGGAAUACUUAAUUGAACAGGGAGCGGAUAUGAAUAUGACUGACAGUGAAUCCCGCACCCCACUUUUGUGGGCCACUUCACAUGGAGCCUGGAAUACCGUGAAAACUCUGGUGAAGAGAGGAGCUAAUGUAAAGAUUAAGAAUAAUAUGCAAUGCAACUUCCUUCAUUUAACUGUCCUGCAGCCCAAAGGGUUACAAAACCUCAGUGAAGAAAUACUUCAGUCCGUCGAAGUGCGUGAGCUCUUGAAUGACAAAGAUAUUAAUGGCUGUACUCCAUUGCACUAUGUAUGCAAACAGGGUCUAACAGACUCUGUGGUUAAAAUGUUGGCACUAAAUGUAUCUCUUCACUUGAAAACAGCAGACAAGAGAUCAUCACUGCAUUUUGCAGCAAGCUGUGGCCGGCUCCAUACAUGCAAACUGCUGUUGCAGGCUAUAAAUGACUCUAAGCUACUGAACGAGGGGGAUGAGAAAGGGAUGACGCCGCUGCUGCUGGCGGCACAGAACGGGCACACCGACGUGGUGCAGCUGCUCCUCAGGAAAGGGGCUCUCCUCAUGCGUGACUACAAGUGUUGGACAGCUUUACAUUAUGCUGCCUUUGGAGGAUAUUCUCGAACAAUGGAAGUAUUAUUACGGUGUAAUACAUCACUUCUUGACCAGGUGGAUGAAAAAGGAAACACGGCCCUCCACUUGGCAGCAAAAGGAGGACAUAAUGGUGCAGUGCGCCUCUUGCUAGCCAGGGGAGCUGCGAUUACCCUGAACAAGAAUGAAGCUUCCUUUUUUCAUGAAGCAAUUCGCAAUAAAAGAAAGGAUACCGCUUUAGUUAUUGUCCAAAGUGAAAGAUUUGAUGAAUCUGUACAAGCCUUUUUACAUGGUUCCUCUAUGCAAUGCCCAAUACUGGAAAUGAUUGAACAUCUCCCAGAAGCCUUUGCUGGUCUUUUGGACAUAUGCAUGACAGAAUCCUCAGAUGACAAGAAAAGUGUAGACUACUCAAUUGAAUAUAACUUCAAAUACCUACAAUGUCCACUUAAGUUUAGAAAACUUGUGAAGGAGGACACGCGGGUGGAAUAUCCACCCCUAGCAACUUUAAAUGCUAUGAUAUAUUACAAUCAAGUUGACCUUUUGAAUCAUCCUGUCUGUGAAGAGUUUCUGAAAAUGAAAUGGCGAGUGUAUGGACUUAGGGCACAUGUUUUUAACAUGGCUCUCUUUUCAUUACUACUGCUACCAAUAACGUACAUCAUCAUUGCUUCACGGCCCUUUGCUUUCGCCAAUGAAACGCAGAAUGCCCUCAACUCUAUGGAAACACUGGAAAUGUUCAACAAGGAAAAUCAGGAAUUUUCAUUCCAUAGAAUAUGCACAAUAAUUGUAUUUGCCAUGUGCAUCCUGGGCAUAUGCAAGGAAAUUUUCCAAAUUUUGCAACAGCGAUGGCAAUACAUCCAUGAUUCAUCCAAUUUUUUAGACGGAGUUAUGUACGUGACAUCCAUUCUGUUUGUAAUUCCCUGGGUGUUCCGGAUCUCUCAUUCACUACAGUGGCAGUGUGGUAUGAUUUCUGCAUUUACAUCAUGGGUGAACUUCCUACUCUAUCUUCAAAGAUUCGAUAUUUGUGGGAUCUAUGUAGUGAUGUUUGCAGAGAUUCUGAAAACCUUGCUUCAUAUCAUGAGCAUAUUUUUCUUUCUCGUCUUUGCUUUUGGAUUGACUUUCUACAUUCUUUUGUAUGAACAGAUGGCAUACAAAAAUCCUUCUCUUUCUCUCUUGAGGAUACUUGCAAUGAUGCUGGGAGAUAUUAACUACGAUGAUAACUUCCUCAGAGUAUAUUUUGAAAAGAAAAUGCCAUUCCCUACGCUGACAUUCACAAUGCUAACAACUUUUAUGCUAAUCAUACCAAUCCUCCUCAUGAACUUGCUGAUUGGUUUAGCAGUGGGUGACAUUGCUGAAGUCCAGAGAACUGCAUCCUUAAAAAGAAUGGCAAUGCAGAUUUUCCUUCAUACAAGUUUGGAGGAGAAGCUUCCCUUUUGGUUCCUUAAUAAAGUCGAUGAAAUGAAAACAACUAUAUAUCCUAACAAGCGAAAGACUGGUAUCAUAAAUUGUUUGCUACAGAGAUUUUCAGAAUCACAAAACAACGAAACACGCUCCGAAAUGAACAAUCAGGCAACUGAUAUCAAAAAGCUUGAAUUACAGAUAGAGAAGCAGAAAUACAGGUUGAAGGACAUCACAGCCUCAGUGCAGAAACAAUAUGAACUGCUUGUGCUCAUAGUUCAGAAGAUGGGAAUUUCUUUGGAGCUAGAAGACCGGGACCAAGAGGAAUAUUCGUGCUACAUCAAGGCUAAAAGACAGCGUUUUAAGAAGGCUGGAAGCAAGUGGGAUCUUGCAUUGAAAUCAGUGCAAUGCGCUCAGAAACAAUUAUCCCCUUGUUCAUUUCCCCUUAACAAACCUGGGUAUAAAGACACUUAAUAUGUCGGUGCUGCAAUAUUACUUUUAACCAUACAUCUUUUGUUGAAUAAAAAUCAAAGGAGGGAGCUUUAAACUACGCUGACGUCAAAAGCUCUGAUACAUUUAGUGUUUAUUAAAUAUAUGCAUUGUUGUUGCAUUUGUUUUGGUUGUUGCAAAGUAUUAACAAUACUUUAUGAAUCUGCAUGGAGCCUUGUGGUAUUGCUUACAGGGAUUAUAUAUGUCAAAAUAAAUAAGGUUAUCCAAAACUAAUAUUAAAAAUCAAUUGAAUGGUGUGAUGUGACGGAGACACAGAGAUUGCAGAUACUGGGAUCUGGAGAGAGAAAAAUCUCUAGAAACUCAAUUGGUUAAGCAGCAACUGUGGGAGUAAAGGGAUAGUCAGUAACUUGGGUCAGGGCAUUCAGUCAGGAUUGCCUUAAUAUGCUAAACAUUAUUACGAUAGAAAUACUAUCUGUAUUAUAUGCACCUUGUAUACAAUCGAGUUCAGUUUUUAUUUGAUAUUGUGGCAACGUGUCUAGAAGAUAUUUAAAUAGAAGAAUUCUAGAGGAAUGGGGUGACUUCCCGUCAAGGUAAUUGAUAGUGGAUUCAUAACAAGUUUAUAAUCUUGGAAAAAACAGCAUCAAACUAAUUCAUUCCUUGACUAUCGGAACCAUUAAAGGAAAGAACAAUGUAACUGUGACUAUAGCAGUUUGUUAACUAAUUAGGCAAAAUUAAU